CUGACCUGUUCCCAUCAGCCUCUGACCGCUGACCGCAGCCCAGCCCCUUAGUGUCCCUGGCUUCCUCCCUGGGGACCAAGGGGAGUCAGCGGGAGGAGCUUCUCUUACAGUCAGAAUUCCUUGGUGGAAUGCAGACAGCUGGAGGUCACAGAGUCCUCUAUGAUCUCACCACGAGGGGGAGCAAGGCCACUUGGAAUGAAGUUUCUUUGGUAAGUGGGAGGAGACGAGCAGCUAUGAUGGAAAACCGAAGGACUUGGUGGCAGCAGUGGACCGACAUCAAUAUCAAACCUUUGAACGUCAUGAGGGCCACUCACGAGCCCUACACCCGGACAGAGGAGCAAGUACUGAUCAACCGCAGAGACAUCACUAGCGCGAGGGAUACCUGGGACAUGCAGGAGUUCAUCACUCGCAUGUACAUCAAGCAGCUGCUUCGUCACCCAGCCUUCCAGCUGCUGCUGGCCUUGCUGCUGGUGGUCAACGCCAUCACCAUUGCUCUGCGCACCAACUCCUUCCUUGGCCAGAAACACUAUGAGUUGUUCUCUACCAUAGAUGACAUUGUGCUGACCAUCCUUAUCUGUGAGGUCCUCCUCGGCUGGUUAAAUGGCUUCUGGAUUUUCUGGAAGGACGGCUGGAACAUCCUCAACUUCCUGAUCAUCUUUAUCUUGCUCCUGGGGUUCUUCAUUAAUGAACUCAGUUCCAUUUCCAUCACCUAUACCCUCAGGGCGCUUCGUCUGGUGCACGUGUGCAUGGCGGUGGAACCUCUGGCCCGGAUCAUCCGUGUCAUCCUGCAGUCGGUGCCUGACAUGGCCAAUAUCAUGACCCUCAUCCUCUUCUUCAUGCUGGUGUUCUCCGUGUUCGGGGUCACUCUCUUUGGUGCGUUUGUGCCCAUGCAUUUCCAGAACAUGCAGGUUGCCCUGUACACCCUUUUCAUCUGCAUCACCCAAGAUGGCUGGGUGGACAUCUACAGGGACUUUCAGAUGGAGACAAGAGAGUACGCAAUGGAGAUUGGGGGUGCUGUCUACUUCGCCGUCUUCAUCACCAUCGGUGCCUUCAUUGGCAUCAACCUGUUGGUCGUUGUGGUGACCACCAAUCUGGAGCAAAUGAUGAAGGCAGGCGAGCACGGACAACUGCAUCAGACAACCUUCCGUGAGACAGGCAAGGAGGAGGAGGAUGGAAGUAACUACCUGCCACUGGUGCACUGUGCGGUCGCCCGUUUGGAGAUGUCUGGCCUCCCCCAGGAGCCACUUACGGGGGGCAACCUGUCUAACCUCUCGGAAAACACCUGUGACAACUUUUACCUGGUGCUCGAGGCAAUACAGGAGAACUUGAUGCAGUACAAGGAGAUCCGAGAUGAGCUUAACAUGAUAGUAGAGGAGGUGCGCUCCAUCCGCUUCAACCAGGAGCAGGAGGAGGAGCUGAUGCACAAGCAUGUGUCCCUGAGCCUGUCGGUGGCGAGUGGGUCCUCCCUGGACAUCCACGACAUGACUUGCCAGCAAGACUUGAUCACUGCGCUCAUCAACAGGGAUAAGGUGCAUGCAGCUUCCCUCUCCUACCCAAUAAGUGCUCGUCCAGCCACCCCACCCAGCUCAGCCUCUGCCCCAUUAGUCAAACUUUCUGUCGAUUUCAAGACAGGUCUACCUUCUAGACUUCUGUGCACGGACUGCACUCCCUCAGCCACAGCUGAUCGGUUAGGUUCCACCCUUUCCUCCUCAGAGAGCCUCUGCCGGCUCCCUUCAGGCUUCUCCCAUGGAGCCACUUAUGUUUCUAAUGCCUUCAAACCUACCCCUUCCUAG